UUAAAAAAUACUUGUUUAACAACCACCUUUUGAAUACUUAAAACUUUUCUAAAAUUAUCAAUUAAUAUACAUUAAGGGGUUAAUUUAAAUUAUUCUUUUCUAUCUUACUAUCUAUAGGAUAUUUUAACUUAAGACAAAGUAAGUUUUAAACACCUAAAAUGCAAUUAAAAUUCCUUGCCAGAUCUUUUAGCUGGAAUGUGGAAUACCUACGUCUCGGAACGAGGUGCAUGCCCACUUUGCAGAUUGAGCACAGCUGGAGUUUUAAAAAGAACCAAGUGGACAGCUCCUUGCUUCCCGCCGUCCACCCAGCACAGCCGCCCGGCCACCCAGGGGGUGGAGCCUCGGAAGGCCCGGUGAGCCUUUCACUGCGCAACCGCCCCACAUCCCCUGCGGGGCCUGGCCUCUCUGCUCCCCCGCACACGGAGCCUUUCUCCUCACGCUUUCUCUCCCUCAUCCUGAUCUGCCUUCUCUCGCCAGCCUUCCGUGCCUGGUCCUCCACUGCGCAGAACAGAACCUUCCGUCCUGACCGAGAGCCGUCCUAAUUAAGCCCAGGAUUCUGGGUGGACAGCUGACGCUCACGUCAUGGCCUCAGUGUGUCUCCAGCUCCUUGCUUUCGUCCUGGCCUUCUGCGGGGUCUCUGGAGUGCUGGCUGCCACCCUGCUGCCCAACUGGAUGGUGAACCUGGACACGGGCUCCAGCGUCAUCACGGCCAUCGUGCAGCUGCAGGGGCUGUGGAUGGACUGCACGUGCUACAGCACCGGCAUGCUCAGCUGCACCCUCAAGUUCUCCGUCCUGUCCCUGCCCGCCCACGUGCAGGCCGCGCGGGCCGCCAUGGUGCUGGCCUGCGUGCUGGCCGCCUCGGGGCUCUGCACCUCCACCGUGGGGCUGCAGUGCAUCCGCCUGGGAGGCGGCAGAGAAAGCAAGAGCCACGCUUCCUUUGCCGGAGGCCUCUGCCUGGUGACGGCGGGGAUCUCCGGCUUAGUCCCCGCCGUGUGGUACACAAGGGAGAUCAUCGCCAACUUCCUGGAUCUGACCGUUCCGGAGAGCAACAAGCAGGAGCCGGGAGGAGCCGUCUACAUCGGCUUCAUGGCGGCCUUGCUGCUGCUGGUGUCCGGCACCAUUUUCUGCACGUUCGGCCUGAAGAAGGACCCGGAGGCAUGGCCCCCGCCGCCCAAGCAGCAGCCCCGCCCCGCCAAGCCGGAGGGCAGCUCCGCUUACCACCUGAAGGACUAUGUGUAAAGCCACGUGUCACCACCACACGGAGCUUUUAGGUGCUGCUGGGACAUGGUCUCUAUUUUAAAUUCACACACACACACACACCAAGAUCAUGCUUAACUUUCUCCACAAAGAUUCUAAAUACUUGAAAAUUGGCAAGAUUAUUUAGAAUGCUAACAAACUCUCAUGUACAACUAUACCUGUUUUUUAAGGCUGUUCUUCCAUCCCUGUUUUCAUGGGUUAUCUAAAAGUUUAUAAUUGGGAGAGACUCUGAUUAUAUUAAUAAGGCAAUAUAUUGAUAGCUUUUCUUCCUUUUUAAGGUAACCUGUUGAUACAUUUCUUAAUUGGUACUUAACUGGGUUUUAGAAAAGAAUUAAACUGCCGGGAGAGGCCUGGUGUGAGGUCAGGGCCAGCCUGCGUUUGCAGUCUGGGAGCGGCCACAGGACCUGGCUUCUGGUUCCAGCAGCGCGGCACAUUAGGGACAGAAGAGUGUCCACCUCUUUCAGACGUCGCCCAACCAGCCACCCCAACUCCCUCUCUACUGGGAACUCCCUGACCCUUUUUCCAUUUUAGAAAAGUGUCUACAUACAUCUGUGAGGACCGACAAGGUGACGUUUGCAGAUGAGGCGGAACUAAAGGAAGGACGCUGGGAGACCACCACAGCGAAGCCACGCCAGACCAGACCCGUCCCCCUGGGGCUUGAGACACGCGGGAAAGCCGCUGAUGACCGGGGUUUGUCGGAACAGGCUCCAGGGGCCUCGCCUGCUGCUGGCUAGCGGCUUCUCCAGGUGAAGUCACCAGACACAACCUAGCCCAGCUCCUCUGCUCGCUCACUGGUCAGUAUUUGGAUGACAAAGCUACUUUUAAGUUGUCAUUUCGUUCUCAGCUUGACCACAUUAACAAAAA